CUUUUUUUUUUUUUUUUUUUUUUUCAAUGGAUCCUUCAAUUUUCAAGCUCCUUGAAGAAGACGAGGAUGAGUCGAUGCAUUCGGGAGCUGAUGUAGAUGCUUUCCAAGCUGCUCUGAAUCGAGAUAUUGAAGGUUCUAUGACAACUUCAAUGCCACUCGGGACGAAUCCUGGAAACAACCAUCCUCCCAGCCAGCAGUUUGCGCCAUGGAAGAAUGGUAUUGGAGAUGCUAAUAUCAAUGUCCAGACGCAGCACAGCCUUGAAAGUACUCAGAUGAAGGAGCAACAAGGAUCGACUUUAGAAAAUCAACAUCAACAUGAUUUGAAACGAGCCAAUGAAUCUCAUUUACAACACAACCAGCCUCAAGACCUUCAUCGAGCAGGUCAACUGUGGGAGAAUCCAUCGCAGGUACCCCAAACAAUUGGGUUGCCGAUUUCUGAAAAGAAUCCUACUGGUAAUGAACCAGAUAGAUCACAUAAUGUUCAAGAGAGUGAAUCUCAGUAUGUGAAACUGCAAAAGAUGAGUAGUCAACAGGCUCGGGGAGUGGAACCGUCUGCUAACCCUAUGAACCGCAACCCUAAGCAAGUACCAUUUGCUGCUUUGCUUCCUACCUUAAUGGCUCAACUCGAUAAAGAUAGAGCACUGCAGCUCCGUACCUUAUAUGCUAGACUUAAGAAAAAUGAAAUCCCCAAAGAGGGGUUCACAAGACAUAUGAAGGAUAUUGUAGGCGAUCAGAUGCUCAGGUUGGCAGUUAGUAAACUGCAGCAGAUGAACUAUAACCAAGGAAAAAUUGGGAUUCAAGCUCCUUCUACUGAAAUCAAUAAUCAAAAAUCGCAGUCUGAUCCUCGGGCAGUCCACCUUAACCAACUACCUUCCUCAACUUCAGGCACCUUAGGCAGUUCAGCUACGGUGCAGGGACUUACCAAACAUCCGCAGCACCAGAUGCAGCAUCCACCAAGUUCUUUUCCUAUGUAUACUACCUCUGGUAGUUAUCACACAUAUCCCGGUCCAAACACCAAUGCUUCUGGUUCCGCGUUGAGACCGCACCUUCAUGAUUCCCAUAUGAGACAUGGGGCACAUAACCCGACUGUGGGAUCAACUGGUCUUGGAGGACCCCCCCAAUCUACCACAAACAUGAUGACUAUGCCCAAAUUUGAGAGGCCAAGUUCUGUAAAUGACCCGAAUAGGGUUCAAGGUGGCGUUACAUCACACUUCCAGAACAGCUCAUCAUUACCUCUAAAUUCUGCACCUGGUCAAGGAUCAUUAGUGUCCCUUGUUAAGCAAGAAUCAGUUGAUCAAAGUUUUGAAAAGAAUAAUGCAACCUCAGUAACUUCGAAUGAGGACUUAGAGAAGGAUUCCUCUAGAAUGGGUUUAUCAACACCUAACAACAUGGCGCCUGCAAGCUCUGUAUCUCCUUCCAUGACAACUCAACUAGACGCUAGUACAACAAUGAAUUCUCGUGGCCCAUUAGGAACCUCUCAAGGAGGAAUUAAUGCUAGGAUGCCACCCAAAAAGCCUUCUGUUGGUCAGAAAAAACCUCUGGAGACAUUAGGUUCUUCACCUCCACCACCAAGUAAGAAGCAAAAAGUAGCAGGGAAUUCUAUGGAUCAAAGUAUUGAACAGCUCAAUGAUGUCACUGCAGUCAGUGGUGUUAAUCUCAGGGAAGAGGAAGAACAAUUAUUCUCUGGGGCCAAGGAGGAUGCUCGUGUUUCCGAAGCAUCUCGGAGAGUUGUGCACGAAGAAGAAGAAAGAUUAAUCUUGCAUAAAAAUCCGCUGCAAAGAAAACUGGCGGAAAUUAUGGCGAAAGCGGGUAUAAAGCAGAUAAGCAAUGAUGUCGAAAGGUGCUUGUCUUUGUGUGUGGAGGAAAGGAUGCGAGGAUUAUUAUCCCAUAUAAUUCGGUUGUCAAAGCAGCGGGUUGAUGCUGAGAAAUCUAGACACCGGACUUUUAUCACAUCAGAUAUUCGCCUACAAAUUAAUGAAAUGAACCAGAAGGUGAAGGAAGAAUGGGAGAAGAAGCAGGCUGAAGCUGAAAAGCUUAAGAAACCGAGUGAGAGUGAAGAAGGUGAUGGUGGAGUUGACAGUGAGAAGGAGAAAGAAGAUAACCGUUCAAAGGGUGUGAAGGUAAAUAAGGAGGAUGAUGACAAAAUGAGAACGACAGCUGCAAAUGUUGCUGCUCGUGCUGCUGUCGGAGGAGAUGAUACAUUUUUAAAAUGGCAAUUAAUGGCUGAAGCUCGUCAAAAAUCUGUAUCUGAAGGUGGUAAAGAUGGGAGUCAGAAAGCUACUUCAGGUGGAGGAAAGAACUCUAAGGACAGGCAAGAUGGUGGACGACGGUUUUCUGGAAAUGGUGGUCGAAGAGUAGGGAAAAACCAAGGUUCGUCUCCUCAACCAAAAGUGGUAAGGACAAUCACUGUGAAGGAUGUGGUUGCUGUUUUGGAGAGAGAGCCGCAGAUGUCCAAAUCCACUUUAAUGUAUCGAUUAAUUCAAUAGAAAAAGCAGAAUCAUUAUUUAUAAGCUUCUGAUGAUAAUUUAAUCGUCAAGGCCCAAGAGAUUUAUACCAUUGUGUCUGUUCUAUGGCCAUUUCAACCUCAAACGUCAAUUCAUAAUA